GCCGCCGCAGCCUGAGCGAGCAGCAGUGCAGUCGAGCUGGAGCCCAGCGAGCUAUAGUCCGUGCAAAUGAAGCCACCGUCCCUGAAUAACAUGUCUUCCCUCGUGAUUAUUUGCACCAAAUAGGACUUGACAAUCCUUUUUUUUUUUUUUAAUUUGUGCGAGGAUUCCGACGGUACGCAUCGUCGCAUACCUGAUUCUCCCCUCCUACCGCCUCAAGGACCAGCACCUCCCGGAGGCUGAAUGGAAGCCGAGGGAGCAGUCGGGCUGUCGGAGGCCAGGGACGGGAGUCCUCUAUCCGGGGCCGCAUCAUCCGAUGAUGCUGACACGGUCGUCGGGGUUAGCUCCGGAAUGGACGCCGGAGACAUGGAUUCUGCGAGGAAAGCGUUCAUCACGGAGAUGCCGUCCUCCUCGGGGCUUCCCGGUCAGGGGAAGAAAAUCGGCCACAGAGGGGUGGAUGCUUCCGGAGAAACCACUUACAAAAAGACCACCUCCUCCGCCCUGAAAGGAGCCAUCCAGCUCGGAAUCGGUUACACGGUGGGCAAUCUGAGCUCCAAGCCCGAGAGGGAUGUGUUGAUGCAGGACUUCUACGUGGUGGAGAGCAUCUUCUUCCCGAGCGAAGGGAGCAACCUGACUCCAGCUCAUCACUUCCCGGACUUCCGCUUCAAAACGUACGCCCCCGUGGCCUUCCGCUACUUCCGGGAACUGUUUGGCAUCAGGCCCGACGACUACUUGUACUCCCUAUGUAACGAGCCACUGAUUGAGCUAUCCAAUCCCGGCGCGAGCGGCUCCGUCUUCUAUCUCACCAAGGACGACGAGUUCAUCAUCAAGACGGUCAUGCACAAGGAGGCGGAGUUCUUACAGAAGCUGCUGCCCGGCUACUACAUGAACUUGAAUCAGAACCCUCGCACUCUGCUGCCCAAGUUCUUCGGCCUUUACUGCGUCCAGUCGGGCGGCAAGAACAUCCGCGUGGUGGUGAUGAACAACGUGCUGCCCCGCGUGGUGCGAAUGCAUCUUAAGUACGACCUGAAGGGCUCCACCUACAAGAGGCGAGCGUCCAAGAAGGAACGCGAGAAGGCGCGGCCCACCUUCAAGGACCUGGACUUUAUGCAGGACCUGCAGGACGGACUCAUGCUGGAUCAGGACACGUUCAACGCGCUGGUCAAGACGCUGCAGAGGGACUGUUUGGUGCUGGAAAGCUUCAAGAUCAUGGACUACAGCCUCCUGCUGGGAGUUCACAACAUGGACCAGGCGGAGAGGGAACGGGAGAUGGAAGGCUCCCAAGGCGACAGCGACGAGAAACGGCCCAUGGCCCAGCAGAAGGCCCUCUAUUCCACCGCCAUGGAGUCCAUCCAGGGCGGGGCCGCCUGCGGAGGCUCCAUCGACACCGAAGACACGAUGGGCGGCAUCCCUGCCGUCAGUGGCAAAGGAGAACGUCUUCUGCUCUACGUGGGCAUCAUUGACAUCUUACAGUCGUACAGGUUAAUCAAGAAACUAGAGCACACGUGGAAGGCUUUGGUGCACGACGGGGACACCGUCUCGGUCCACCGGCCCGGAUUCUACGCCGACAGGUUCUUCAAGUUCAUGAGCAGCACUGUUUUCAGGAAGAGCUCUUCUUUGAAAUCAUCUCCAUCCAAGAAGGGCCGCGUGUCGCUUACGGUGCCAAAGUGCGGCGGUCCCGGCGCUGCCUGGUCCGCCAGCCAGCUGACCUCCGACAGAGACGAGAACAUCUACGACUUGAGAGGCGCUCGCAGCUUCCCCACGCUGGAAGACGAAGGUAGUUGCGUUGUUUCUGUAUUCGCGGUUGUGUCUUGUUCCAAUGUUCUUUUUUGCGGACGAUCGCCAGGGCGAGCCGAUCUCCCGUGCACGCCUCCGUCGUUCGAGGAGGCCACCACGGCGUCCAUCGCCACCACCCUCUCCUCCACCACCUCUUUGUCCAUCCCGGAACGAUCUCCCUGUGACACCGUCGAGCACCCGCGCUACAGGAGAUACACGCAGUCUCUAAGCCACGAUGGAAGGACCCAGGAGGAGCUGCGUGUGCGCGAGGAAGAUCAGCAGACCAUCACGGUGGAGGUGGAAUUAAAAAGACACGACAGCGAGCCCACCUUCUCCAUUCCGCAGCCGUCUCCUGAACCCAGCAGUGAGGCUCAGGAGGCCGCCGCUGCCUCUUCCGCCGCUUCUCAAGCUAUCGAAGCCUCCGUCGUCGUCGUUCCCGCGUCUGUCGAGGCCACUCCGUCCAGUCCCAAACCAGCGGCGGCGGAGACACCCAGCUGCGCGUCGGGCUCGGGGUGCACCAGCCAGGCUUCGGUGGACGACGAGGACGACGUGCCGGUCACGGAUAUCUACUUUCCUCCAGAGGACAGGACCUGGGUGUACUCUCCGCUACACUAUGGCUCAGAGUCUAAGGCACUGCCAGAUGGGGAUUGGGAAAGAGAGACAUAAACCCUGCUUACUGACUGAAAGGCAUGAAGGGGAUCAUCCAGCCCAAGUCCGAAACCUCCUCAACGCUCGAAUGCAAUCUUUCUGUCUCAAGAGGAGGGAGAGAAAUCAACACAGUGGCGUAGCAGACAGGUCCCUGCCAUUUACAUGUGAUACUUGUGUUUACGUGGCAUAGUACAAGUAUGCUCGUGUGUUGUAUGUUUUUUGACGUGACACGCAUACGUCUUAGUUCACUUCAAACAUCAAUCGGGCUCGCCUUCAGUUACCCCCGAGGCGGCUAUGUUGGAGCAGGACAUGUUGGUGUGGGUUGCCAUUGUCACUUAUGCGAAGGGACAUGUCAAUUAGCCAUUCAUUUAAAUAUAUAUAUAUAUAUAUAUAUAAUAUUGGGAAUGCUGGGUGGGGGCCUCUCCAACACGGCUGCCGUAUAUUGCCAACCAGCUCAAAGCAGCAAGCUAUAUUUGAUUUGCAAGUUAUUAAUACUUGUAUUACUCUGCACAUGUAGUUAUUUAUUUAAUAUUUAUUUGAGAUUGUUCUGAGAUUUUAAAAAUCAAUUUUCAGCCAAAGAGCUUUGAUCAUUUGGGCGCAUCAGUGAAUGCGGCACUUUUCGAUAUGUUCAUAUUUUCCCCCAAAAAAGUAGCCUGCCUUCUAAUUCGAUGACAUCACCCCUAAUACUACAUACCUAGUCCCGUCUGCAGUAAUCAAAUGACUCUGGUAAUGUGUCAUUGUAAAAAUUGUCUCUCAUCAUGAUGGCGUUUUUAACAAGCAGUACCCCCCCCCCCCCCUCGUUACCAUGGUCACCCUCCACCAAGUAGCUCAUAGUGUUGUUAAUGCAGUUUAUUGAAUAUGAAUCAGAUUCAGUGUGAAUGGGAAUCCAAUGCAAUCUAAAGUUGAACGCCUCAAAGGUCAGCAACCAGGGAGGGAAAAUACGCCUCAGAAGUCAGACUACAUUCCUAGUAGGAAACUUUAUUUAAAAAAAAAAAAAAAAAAAAUGGUGGACUUUGGUGGUUCAGCCGUAUUUUUAACGCAUCCUCACAAAUGUUCUUUGAUUUUUAUGUUUUGUGUGUAACGGACGACAGCGUGUUGCUCACCGUGUGUAUUCAAUCUACCGUCAUCGCGGCUGGAAAGCAUAGCAGCAAUAUUUUGUACUGGUCCUCACCUCCUUUCCUUUCAAUUUGCCUUAGUAGAUGAUUUUCUUUCACUCCUGCUGUUUAUUUAUUUUUUCCUUCUUGUCAUUGUGCUCCUGAGAAUGUGUACAUAAAAAAAAAAAAAAGAAUAUAUAUAGAAAGAUAUACAGAUAUAUUUUCCAUCGGAAAUGGAGAAUGUUAUUUUUCUUUGGUUUUAUUUUUGCUGCUUGGCCGAGAGACGAUCUCAAUCCGCGUGAUUUGCUGAGUCAUGUUCCCUCGGUCGUGAGAAGGAGCUGCAUGCAGCUGUUGGGUGGAUUUUACUGUACAUGCAAGCCAGUAGGGAUUCUUCCAACUUGUUCAAGCUGUGUUGUGUGUGUGCGUGUUGUGUGUCAUCCAAUAGGAAGAGUCCUUUACAGAGACAUAGCAUGGUUAAAAAAUGAAUACAUAUCAGAAAUGUGUAUUUAUGUAUGUAUAUCUGUGUAUAUUCAUCUAUUUAUACCUGAGUAUAAAUAGAUGGUUGUAUGUAUGUGUGUGUGCGUGUGUGUGUCUUUGGACUCACUCAGAAUGAAUAUGAAAUAAACCAGUUCUAUGAAUUGUCUAAUGUA